AUUGUUCACCUAUUUUAAUUAAGUGUAAAAAGUUUCUGCCUCGAAAUGGCCGAUGUACGAGAUAUUCUUGAGCUGGAGCGUCCGGUGACGCCGGAGCUGACCAAGGAGGCGUUGCUAAGCUCAAAAAAACGCACAGUCGAAAGAAAAAUAGUUGCAAAACGUCCGGAGGGAAUGCAUCGCGAAGUAUUUGCUCUUCUGUACAACGACAACAAAGAUGCUCCACCACUGCUUCCAACGGACACCGUGUCUGGUUACAAGAAAACGAAGGCUCGUCUGGGUAUGAAAAAGGUACGCCGGUGGGAGUGGGCACCAUUUGUGAACCCGGCACGUACGGAUGGAGCCGUUUUCCAUCACUGGAAGCGUGCCUCGGACGAGCAGAAGGAGUAUCCGUUUGCAAAGUUCAACAAGCAGCUUGACAUACCCACGUACACGCUGAACGAGUACAACGCGCACCUGAAAACGACUAAGUGGACUAAACAGCAGACCGAUCAUCUGUUCGAUCUCGCCAAACGGUUUGACGUGCGAUUCAUUAUCAUGUGCGACCGCUGGGAGCGGGCAAACUAUGGUAUAAAGUCGGUUGAGGACCUUAAGGAGCGAUACUACGAGGUGGUUGGUAUUCUGAACAAAGUGCGCAACAAUGGAAUGGAGAAGAAAAUCUACGUGUUUGACGCUGAGCACGAGCGGCGCCGGAAAGAGCAGCUAAAGAAACUGUUUGACCGCACGCCCAAGCAGGUCGAGGAGGAGCAACAACUGCUGAACGAGUUGAAAAAGAUUGAGGCACGAAAGAAGGAGCGCGAACGAAAGACGCAGGAUCUUCAAAAGUUGAUCUCACAAGCUGACCAGCAGCAAACCGAACACCACCAGAAGGAACAGCAGCAGCAUCAGCACCAGAACCAACAUCCGACUACAACCCAAAAGAAGCAAGAUAAGAAGCUGAACAAGAAAAAGAUUCAGCAGCAACCACGCACCUCGAAGGUGGACUCGGUGGUCAGUGCGGUCGAGAGUGCCGGCAUUAAGUUUACCGAUUUACGUGGCACGGGCGUUUCAUUGCGUUCGCAGAAAAUGAAGCUUCCCGCUAACGUGGGUCAGAAGAAAGCGAAAGCACUUGAGCAGGCACUGCAGGAGUUUAAAGUGGAUCCAAAUCCUCCACCGAUCGAGGAAAUAUGCGUGGCAUUUAAUGAGCUUCGCUCGGACAUGGUACUGCUCUGCGAGCUGAGAACGGCCCUUGCAACGUGUAACUUUGAGCUGGAAAGUCUGAAGCACCAGUACGAGGCACUCUGUCCGGGGAAAACGCUCAAUAUCCCUGCCGCUUUGGUCAAUCCACCGGAGGACGAUUCGACCGGUGAAGGUGACGGAUCUUCAGCGAUGGACUGUGGAAUGGCAGUUUGAUGUAAACUUCAGGCCAUAUCGGUAGGGAAGAAUUUAAACAGGUUAAACUAAACAAACUGUAACAGGAAUGCGAAGUAAACUUUCAAUGUAUUGAAAAAUAGACGACAAGAUAAUUGUGUAAAACAUAUGCUUAAUAAUAAUUUAC